AUGGGUCCGCGCCGAGCACGCAAGACCGGAACCCCGCGGAGGCGCGAGCCGAGCCCGGGCCCCCGCACCCCGCGGAGGCGCGAGCCGAGCCCGGGUCCCCGCACCCCGCGGCGGGGCACUGUCCUGAGGGAGAUCCGCAACCUCCAGAAAAGCACGAACCUGCUGUUACGGAAGUUCCCCUUCAGCCGCCUGGUCAGAGAAGUAUGUGGGAAGUUCACUCGGGGCAUAGACUUUAACUGGCAGGCCCACGCGCUAUUGGCCAUACAGGAGGCGGCCGAAGCAUUUCUGGUUCACCUCUUCGAGGACGCCUACCUCCUGACCCUCCACGCGGGCCGGGUCACCCUCUUCCCCAAGGACAUCCAGCUGGCCCGGCGGAUCCGCGGCAUCGAGGCGGGGCUCGGCUGAGCCAGCGCACGCCGUGUCUCUGGAUCUUCCCCGGAGCCCUGUCGGAAGCCAGGUGCCGCAGGGCCUGUUCUCUCCCGGGCGCCAGCC